UAGUUUGGCAUGAGGUGUUCCGAAUUUAAAACUCGUUCAGCUGAAAACCACAUGGUUCGAGUUACUAGUUUAAAUUUCACCCGAAAAAAUCCUGGCCGGAGGAGGUAGUAUAAAUCAUCCUCCUCAUAAUCAUAAUGGGCGACUAUGACCUCAUUCGUCGCAUUGUGGAUGGUGAAUUUCCCCCAGAACAGUCCCAGGAUCACAAGGGGAACGUGAGUAACCUGUUUUUUGAACACUUGGAAGUAAGCGGUGUGGAUGUGGAGGAGCUGCUCGAAGGAAGUGACCCGGAUGACCAUCUGGCGCGGUCCUUUGCCCUCAAACGUUACUUCACUUGGGUUCCGUUGAACCAAGAUCACCUUCGACCCUACCGGAAGAAUGGCGAAACGUCCUCCAUUCUUCGUGAAAUUGGGAGAGCCGCUCACGCUCAGAAGAACUUGAAGGAGGCGUUAAAGUACUACAACCUGGCCGUCAGCUAUGCCCCCUUCCAUCACGACAAGGAGCUGCCUGAAUUGUUUGAAACACUGGCAGAACGGUCAGAAAUCCUUCUCCAGGCCCGCGGAGGGGAGGAGGCGUUGCGGGACGUCAACUUUUUGCUGGGGCUGCUGACAGGAGCGAAUUAUGGGGCUGAGAAGGAUGAGGCAGUGGGACGGUUGGUUGGUCGCGUAAAGGAGACGCAGACAAAGUGUCUCAAGUUUCUGGAGGAGAAAGCCUGCUUCAUGCUCGAGCUGGCCAAGGACUCGGUGGACGAGAUGGAGAGACGGAGAAAGUACAAGAAUCUGCUACUCUUCAGAGUCAAGAGCCCACACCCACUCAUCCCAGCGGCGGAGGCAUUUGUGGACAUCAAGGAGGAUCCGAUCAAGGGGCGCUGUCUCGUUCUCAACAGGGACAUUCCAGCAGGAACGACGGUGGUGGUGGAAGAACCCUUUGUGAAAGUGCUGAAGAAUGGACUAAAGUGGGAAAUGGGUCAUUGUCACUACUGUCUCCUCAGGGUUCGUGGGGGUGGAGGGAUUCCUUGUCCGGGCUGCGUCUUUGAGAUUUACUGCAGUGAGGCAUGUCGUGAUGGCGCCUACGAGUCGUAUCAUCGCUACGAAUGCCCCUGUUUGCCCUAUCUCCACUCCACCUCCACCCCACGGUACAUCAACCUCGCUUUUAGAAUUGUCUGCAUUCUGGGACCAAAGGAGAUGUACCGCCUCUUUAGCACCAAAGACCCCUCGUACUUCCACCCACAGCUGAAGCGUGAGGGUGUGCUCGUGCUGGGGUGCGUUCCGGGGAAUGGGACAUACCACUCCCACUCUUACCUCCCCAUCUACCAUCUCGUCUCCCAUGCCCCUCGCGGAGAGGUUUCAUACAUCACCAACGUCCUCCAAGGUCUCAUCUUUGCCCACGUCCUUGAGUCCCUCUCAACCUUCUUCGACCAACCACGCUACUUGGACACCCAUCCUCGCCCCUACUUUCGCACAUUUGUGGCCUCUAUGAUUCUUCACCACAUGGAGAACAUUCCCCCAAACUCCAUCUCUAUAGACGAGCUGGUGGGGUUGGAAGGGAUUUCCCUCCUCGUCAAAGAACCUACCAUUCUGCAGGAGCGGAUUCGUGGGUUGCAACGUCCACAAGUCGCCUCUGCCACCUACGCCCUUAGCUCAUUAAUCAACCAUUCUUGUGACCCCAAUGUUACCCGUCUCCACGACCUCACCCACGGGCGAAUGGUGCUCGUCACACUCAAGGGGCUCAAAGCAGGGGAGGAGCUGCUCACCUCCUACACCAAGAUUUUCCUCGCCGACACGACGGAAGAGCGUAGAGAUUACCUUCAGACAACCUACAACUUCACGUGUGAUUGUAUCCCCUGCAUUCAAAAGUGGCCAAUUUUAGCAAAAAUUAGUGAAUCGGAGCCAAGAUUCUGCUGUUCGCCAUGCGUCAGAAAAUUGGCCACGGGGGAUAAAGCAUCUCCCACUUUUGCGAGGUGCAUCCUCGAUAAGAAGGGAUUUUGCCGGAGUUGCAAGAAAGGGAUGUCCCACUCCAAGUUGCGAGACGGGCUGGACCAAAGGAUCGAGAGUUUCUUUGAAGCAUACGAACUGAUUUUGAAGAAUCGCCCACUGGACGCUAUUCGGCUGUUGGGUCCCUGCGCCCAGUUCUUUCAGGACAACGUUUGCCCCCCGUACAACAAGAUCUACAUGAGUCAAGAUCUCCUCAAAACUGCGCUGGACCUCGUCGUCCACUACUCCGUCCCCAGAACAUGAACUUGUCACCCGAUUACACAUUACAAGUACUUAUCGUAUGUAUGCACAUAUUGGUAAGAAUAAUAAUGCCAAUUAUGCGAAGAGUAGAUGAGGUUUAAUAAAUGAGCAUAUUUAUUUAGGUUCAAAAUUGAGUCAUUUAAUAAUAUGUAAAAUUUCAUCCAAUCCAUAUUUACUUUUUGCAGUGACAUUUCUAUUAAAUAUUAUCUAUGUAAUAGUGUAACAAUAAAUAAAAACGUGUACAGCUAUUCUAUUCGCCUGCUUAUUCGUAUGUAUUAAUAAAUAUGACGACGACAACAAGUUCGCAUGUGUUUGAGAAACUCAUUACUUUGAAAUUACUGUCAAUGGGAUCUAUCGCAGCUUCCUAUUGGAUUGUUGAU